UGUGUUUUAAAACCGAGAUGCUCCGAGUUUCUCGGACUCAACCAUGUACUUUGGGCGAUUGCCAGUUCAUAUAAGAAUUUGGGCAAGCCUCGUCAAUAUAUUAUUCGUACUAUAGUAACCUAGACAAAUAAAGACAUCCGUUAGAGUGACCUAUGUUCUACAGUACUGAAUCACUUAGUCACUCUUAAUAUUUAGUUACAAAUAGCAGCCCCUGUCCUUGGGUCCCUGAAUCCAGACCACGCGACCGGUAUCUUCUCUCCCUUCAGUCUCCCGAGAUGCAAGCGCCGACGGUCUCGCCAUCUCACGACAUCUCCCAGGCCAAAACCCCCGGCUACGACUCGGAGACGUCGACCAUGAAGGGUGAUCUACCCAACACCUCGGACGAGUCGAGUCCUUACGAGUCCACGCGGCACUCCCUCGAGCGCAUCCCGUCGCAGACCAAAUCUACCAAUGCCAAUAUAUUCCCCGACCCGGAAAAUGUCAUCGAAGCAGAUAUGGAGAAAGGCGGCGUGGCACCACAAGCUCCCGUCACGGCAGGCGGCUUUAACCCGGCCGACUUCCCGGAUGGCGGACUCGAGGCCUGGCUCGUCGUCGCUGGUGGCUUCUGUGCCCUGUUCAGUACCUUCGGACUUGUGAACGGCGUGGGAACGUUCGUCAGCUACUACGCCUCAGGGCCGUUGUCCAACUACAACGUGUCGACUAUCACUUGGAUCACUUCAAUUCAAAUAUUUAUAAUGUCCGCCUUAAACGCAGUCAUGGGCCGACUGUUCGAUAACUACGGCCCUCGGUACCUGCUCAUCAUCGGAACCCUAGUAUUCAUCUUCGGGAUGAUGAUGCUAUCCCUCUCGACGCAGUACUACCAGAUUCUCCUCUCGCAGGGCAUUGUAAGCGCGGUGGGCAUGAGCGCGGUGUUUAACUCGGCAAUGAACUCGGUCAUGGGCUGGUUUUUCAAGCGACGCGCUGCGGCCCUGGGGAUAAUGGUGUCAGGCUCAUCGCUCGGAGGCGUGAUCCUACCCAUCAUGAUGACACACCUUAUCCCGCAGAUCGGAUUCCCCUGGACUAUACGCGUCAUCGGCUUCAUGCUCCUGGCCUUGUGCAGCUUCGCCUGCUGCACCAUCAAGUGCCGUCUUCCACCUCGUAAGAAGCCAUUCAAGUUCGUGGAAUACGUACGACCUCUUCACGAACCGGCCUUUGUGUGUAUCAUAUUUGGCGGCUUCUUCUUCUUCUUUGGCAUGUUUUUACCAUACAGCUAUAUCCAGUUACAAGCCAAACAGCAAGGGAUCGACCCAGCUAUCGUGCCAUACCUCAUACCUAUCAUCAAUGCCGUUAGUAUUCCAGGCCGUAUCGCACCCGGUUUCCUAGGCGAUCGAUUCGGACGUUUCAACAUUAUGAUAUUCAUUUCGGGACUAUCAGGCAUCAUCACACUCGCUCUAUGGAUACCGGGCGAAUCAACAGCCACGACGGUCACGUACGGAGCCAUUUUUGGAUUUGCAUCCGGUGGUUUCAUCUCGCUGUUGCCUUCCCUUAUUGCGCAAAUCAGCGACAUCCGCGAGAUUGGAAUACGCACUGGUAUGGCAUUCUUCGCGGCUGCAGUCGGCGCCUUGAUAGGUUCGCCCAUCGGUGGCGCCAUCGUGAGUGCCAACGGCGGCAAGUACCUAGGCCUUCAGUUGUUCUGCGGCAUUGUGAUGACCAUAUCGAUGCUAUGGUUUAUUGCAGCCAGAACUCUACAAGUCGGCCUCAAGAUCACCAAGAUCUAAAUACGAAACGAAAAGGGAUUAACUGACGAGCGGGGCAAGCGAUUUUGCCUGAGUGUUUCUUACUAAGAGGUUUUUCACAAUGCUAUUUAUGCUCAUGGAAAGACUUUUACCUUAGUAGAGCCCAGUAAUAAUGAAUGGUAAAAUGGACAAUGCAUUUAGGGGCGUUAGAUUUGCAUAACAUAGACAACACCCAACUCGGUGUCUGUCACUACAGGUAUAGAAUCUUAAUGAAUUUACAUAUACCCAGCGGAAUAGAUAGGAAGAUAUAAUAAGGAGCCAAAUUAUGAAACGAAUAAUUUAUAUUUCAAUGCGGAACCUA